UCAAAUGCUUGUAAUGCUUAUAUAUAUAGCCGCUUAAAACAUAUCGUCUAGAAAUCUCGAUUUGCGAUUACCUUCAAGAAAAGAGUUUUUUUAAAAGCGUAUACUAAAGGUUAUAAAUGGCUAAUACCGUUAAUAUGAGCUGGGAAGAGUUUUUGCAAGAAGCUGAAGAGUUCAAAAAUAUUUCUGAUCGUCUAGGUGACUCUUGGACCUUAUGUAAGAAGGGUGACGACGCAUGCAAUACAUACCUUGUGUACGAACAAAAAAUUUUAAGCACUGUGGACCUAAAACCUACUAGUGAUCCUUUUGAAGAAAGCAAAUAUUGUACAGAAGAUAUAACUGCAGCGUCAGGGCCAAACAAUGAUUUAUUGAAAACAGAAUAUCAUGUAAUCUACAGCUUGCCAUAUCAAGUACCGGUAUUAUAUUUUCGAUUAUAUCGCAGUGAUGGUAGUUUGGUAAGCAUUGAAGAUGCGUGGCGCAUCUUUCGUGGCUACGGUGGCAAUGCAAGCACUACGCUCUCGCCCCACCAGCGAACCAAUGAUGAUAUGCUAAAUAUUAUGACACAACUAGAACAUCCUGUUUUACGAAAACCUUAUUAUGCUUUACAUCCGUGUCGUACGGCUGAGUUGCUAGCGAACACUGGAAGAAGUCGAAAUCGUAUACUCACAUUUAUCAGUUUGAUGGGACCUUAUGUACAACUAACUCUAAGAAAUGAAUACGGCAUGGAGUAUGCGGAGUAACGGAUAUUUUCCACAACUAUUAAGAUAAUAACAUUUAUUUACUGGGCUUUUUAUGUAAUCUAAAAAAUUUAAAGGAUGAAUAAUAUAUAACA